AUGGCGUCAAUAGGGCCUGAAAUUCCCCCUCAUCUUCUCAAGCAAUCUAAACGCGACGACAAAGACGAAAACGAAGACGACGAUGGGCCCCAGCUGCCCAACGCUAGUUCCUCAAGCAUAGGCCCCCAGAUCCCCGCACAUCUCUUGAAUUCAAGCUCAAAAAUACAAGUAAUUGACGAUGACGACGAUGAUUUUGGCCCACAGCCCACUUCUUCUCCCAGUAUAGGCCCAACGAUGCCUACAGUCACCUCAAAGCCGGUAGCAGGUCCCUCUAUACCUCCACCGUCCUCAGCACGCACAAUUGGACCCUCUCUCCCCACCUACGCGCCAACGUACGAUCCAAAUAGUGCAUAUGACAACGAAGACAGCGAUGAUGACGAUAUAGGGCCGAAACCCUUACCUGCGGGCAUGCAGCAUCGACAGAGCGACGCGGUGCAGGAAUUUUUAGAAAGGGAGGAGAAGCGGCGGAAGGCGGCAGAGGAAGCGGCAAAACCGAAAGCAGUGAAACGCGACGAAUGGAUGCUGGUACCACCCACAUCCCAAGGCCUCUUAGGCAACCUUGACACCACUAAAUUGAAGGCACGCCAAUUUUCGCGAGGAACGGGUGCAGAGACUAGCAGCAGCCACGACAACUCGCUCUGGACAGAGACACCAGCCGAACGUCAACAGAGACUAGCAGACGAGGUUUCAGGCAAGAAGAGAAGAGUUACCGACGCUCCGGUUGAUGAGGCCGAGGAGAUUAAAGCAAGGAAACGGCAGCGAAAGGCAGAGGAGGAGGCUAUCAGAAGAGGAGUGGAAGAACACACGAAAAAACAGCGCGGAGCCGCUCUUAUUGACCAACAUGCAUCCGUCGCGAAAAAGUCCACAGACGAGGUGCCUGGCAUCUGGGACCAUUCUCGAGAUAUGGGUCUGGGUGGCCGUCUAAUGGACGAUGAAAAACGUAACAAGAUGCUCAAGGAAGCGAAAGGCCUCGGAGAUCGAUUCGGGAGUGGCAAGAGCGGAGGCUUUCUGUAA